CACGUACAAAGUGACGUCAGCAUGUACACAAGUCGUUGAAUGUGUUCAUGUUAUCCGACAACGAUUGACGUACUUCCAAAACGCUGAAGAAAAUAAUUUCUACUUGCUUAAUCUUGAACUUCUAUGUUAACAACAUGAAGGUGCGGUUGAUGUUGGCGUUUUCCGUUGUCUUGCUGCUCUUUGUUGUCGAUGCCAAACCAGUGGAAUCAACCAGCAAUCAAGGGAAAUCCAGCCCAACAACGAACGUCGAGAAAGAAUGGAACGAAGAAACACUUAAACCGUUUAAAAGAGUAACAACUACGAAUGAAAGUGAAGAGUUGUAUCUCUGCCAUUUCAACACGACAGACAAAAACAUUUGUUUACCGGAUUUCGAUGAGUGGAAAAGUAUUCACGCAGCUUGGCAUUGUCAAGAAAAGAGUGUCAAUAACACUCUUGGCCAGUCGAUUUUUCGUUACCUGGACAAACAUUCCCACUCACGUCAGCAAUGCGAUAAAUCGCCAACCACCUGCGACUGGUGUCGUAUCGGAAAAGAUGUCGAAGACUACCUGAAACUGUUGAUGGACAAAGUAGCAGAGCUAUGCUCGUUAUUUACAACCAAUCAGUUAGUUCACACGGGUAGUUCGGCUGAAAAAACCAACAUUUUUCGAGCUAGUGAAUUUGAUCAUUUAGCCAUUUUGAAGUAUUUCAAUCAAUCGCCGUCAGAUCCCAACGAAAUUAUUUACACCGGCAGUGACCCAGUUGUUCUAAAAUACGCAAAUGGACCAGUUAACGCCAGUGAAUUAUUAAAUCUCUUUAGAAAGUGCAUCUCCGAAGCAGUGGAACUUGUCCAGAACGAUAUCUUAUCAUCCCCCAAGAUCGUUCUUGGUAGAACUGGUGUCACCAUCUAUCUCAUUCACGGUGGAAGAAAUCCUUUAGAACCUAUGAAAAUCAGUGUCGAUUUAUCACUUGGUGUUAAAGCUGCUCAACAGCCACCGGAAAUUUGGUUCAUGAAAAAUAAUAGCAACAAUGACGUCAUACUUGUUCCUCAACGUCCUGAUGCCGGGAGUCAAUGGCGUCCAACUUAUCCCACGUUAGAGAGGGAUAUGUUACUGACAGCAGACGCUUCAGUUGGUCGUGUUUAUCAAUUACUCAAAUUUCUGGCAGCCCUUCAUCACAACAAGGAUAAUCUCGAACGAGAAAUUCCGAGGAAAUCUAACUUGACGUCGUACGUCUUGAAGACAUGUUUGUUCAGUUACAUGCGUCUGAAUUAUCGGUUGGAAGAUGCGGCGUGGUUUGCAAAAGACGCUCUCCAACACGCAGUGGGUGUUUUGGAGUAUUUCCCGUUAAACGCGACUGAGAUGGCGUCAUUCUUUUUUAAAGAUCGAAUCGAAUUUAACAUCACUUUGGAAAGCAAGCAAGCUGCGACUGAAAUCAUGUCCAUGUUAAACAGAAUCAAUCUAUAACAUCUUUCAAAGUCAACCUGCGUAAAAGGAAAUCGAUUACAUACAGAUGUUUGUACUCUU